UCGUGUACUGGGGAAUGUGUCGGACUACUGCCGAGGUGCUUUUUCGGUGUAAUUAUUGAUUUUUUUUUCGGUCCCAUAUGCCGAACCUGACUUUGAUUUGAUUCUUCACUUCACGUCAUUCUAAGCCCCUGCUGGUCGUUGAGAGAAUAAUGAGUGGCACGGGCAUCAGUGUCCCAACCGCGAAAGAUUCAUCGACGACGAUAGAAGAGAGCCACCAUGUUUAUCGCACAUCAAAAUCAAACAAAGACAGUCGAAAUUUGGACAUUGCUUUACGAAAUGGACUAGCUGGAGGUGUUGCAGGCUGUGCUGCCAAAACUAUUGUCGCCCCAUUGGAGAGGGUCAGGAUCCUCUUCCAAACCUCUCAUUCUCAUUUUGUGCAGUAUUCGACCCACUGGAAUGGUUUAAUCAAGGCUGCCAGAGACAUUCAAAUGUCAUAUGGUAUAUCUGCGCUUUUCAAAGGUCACUCAGCAAGCUUGGUCCGCGUCUUCCCGUAUGCUAGUAUCAACUUUCUCGCAUACGAACAGUUCCGAGCAGCAAUCAUCGUAUCUUCUGAGAAAGAAACACCGUUGCGUCGAUUUUUGUGCGGAAGUAUGGCUGGUGCGGCCUCUACCUUUGUCACAUAUCCUCUUGAGUUGAUCCGUACACGUCUUGCCUUUGAAACAGUACAAAAGAAUCCCUCGUCCUGGCUUGGUGUUUCUCGGAAAAUCUACUUUGAAGGGGCAGUCAGCGGGGGCUUGUCAAAUUUUUAUCGAGCAAUUGCCCCGACUAUGCUAGGCAUACUUCCGUAUGCUGGCACGUCAUUCCUAACCCAUGACCUAAUUAGAGACUGGCUUCGCUUGCCUGCCCUUGCACCCUAUACUCUAGAAGCACAAUCUUCCACUCGACUGACUGCAGUUGCGCAGCUUUGUUGUGGAGCAGUUGCUGGCAUAGUCGCUCAAACAGUUUCUUACCCAAUUGAUAUCAUUCGGCGACGAAUACAAGUCGGAAGUGUGGUUGGUGCCCAAUCAGGCAUUGUGGAGACAGCCCAACGUAUCUUUCUGGAGAGAGGAGUGAGGGGUUUUUAUGUUGGGCUGACCAUUGGCUAUGUGAAAAUGGCUCCCAUGGUGGCGACAAGUUUCUAUGUCUAUGAUCGGAUGAAGCGAUUUUUCGGCCUUAUUGAGUAACCACGUUAUUGUUUCUCUUUCUCUUGACUCCAUUUAUCGCUUCCCUCUAUCAUGGUUCACCUCUUCACAGCUUGGUGCCCAUAGCCAAGUCUUCCUUGGGCCCAUUCGCCCAUUUCUCCUCAUCGAAAUCCGUUGCACAGUGGUUAGAACCUUCAUUGGGUACAUUUCACGGCUUAUAUGAGCAACCAGUUAGAAUCGCGUUGGCCACAGUUUCAAACUACUCAUAUGCGUAGGCCUGGGGGUCAUGGUUGAACAGCCAGUUGGGUUGAAGUUGAGCAAGAAGCUGCGGGUUGUUCUUCACUGCUUCCCAGUCUGUUUUAUGCCAAACAUCGCGUGUUUCAAUGCCCAUUUCUUGCCCAAUAUUGCACCAUUCAUAUCUGAGGGCUCAUGGUUAGCAUGUAUGAAAAAUUCGAGUAUCAGUAUCAUUUAUAGAUCAGGAGGGCGCCAUUUUGCGAAA